CGUGGGUGGGGAGAGGGAGAGGGGCGUGGCGUGUCGCUGUCACGUGACAGCCCCGCAGCUCCCGUCCCUCACGGACAUGGCGGCCCGGCGCGCGCUCCACUUCGUCUUCAAAAUCGGCGACCGCGGGCGGAGCGCGCGCUUCUACCGCGAGCUGCUGGGCAUGCGGGUGUUGAGGCACGAGGAGUUCGAUGAGGGCUGCAAGGCGAGCUGCAAUGGCCCUUAUGAUGGAAGAUGGAGCAAAACCAUGGUGGGCUAUGGGCCAGAAGACAAUCACUUUGUUGCAGAAUUAACUUACAAUUAUGGUAUUGGAGAAUAUCGCCUGGGCAAUGACUUUCUGGGCAUCACACUCGUGUCCAGCCAGGCUGUGAGCAAUGCUAAGAAGAUGGGGUGGCCCCUCAAGGAAGUCACAGCUGGUAUUUUUGAAGCUGAAGCCCCAGGGGGAUACAAGUUCUACUUGGAAGACAAGGAACAGCUGAAGCAAGAUCCUGUGCAAAAAGUAACCUUGGGUGUCUCUGAUCUUCAGAAGUCUGUUACCUACUGGUCUGGUUUGCUCGGGAUGAAAAUAUAUGAGAAGGAUGAGGAAAAGCAAAGGGCUUUGCUAGGCUAUGCUGAUAACCAGUGCAAGCUGGAGCUGAGGGCGGUGGGAGGGGCGGUGGAUCACGGGACGGCCUUUGGGCGGAUCGCCUUCUCCUGUGCCAAGGAAGAGCUGCCAAACAUUGAAGCACUGAUGAAAAAGGAGAAUCAGAAAAUCUUAACACCUCUGGUUAGCUUGGACACACCUGGCAAAGCCACAGUGCAAGUGAUUAUUCUGGCUGAUCCUGAUGGCCAUGAAAUCUGCUUUGUGGGAGAUGAAGCAUUCCGAGAUCUGUCCAAGGUGGACCCUAAUGGUGACAAACUGUUGGAUGAUGCCAUGGCAGCAGACAACAGUGACAAAUGGUUUGCUGCACACAAGAAGCAGAAGGCUGCUGCCUAGCUGGAGAAGAGGACUGCUCCUUCUGCCUUGGUUUUCCACGAGCAAGAUGCCAGUCACCUGCAGUGUGUUGUGUUGCCUUUUCCAGUAAGAGGUGAUGUGAUGAUUCCUUUGAUUUAAUUUCUGACUCUUCCUGCAGCUCUGUUCUUUCAAGCAAUGAGCAUGUUUCUCUCUCUCUCUCUCUC